AAAAAUACCCCUCUAAAAUUUCCCCUUCGCUGGUUGCUGUUCAUUCCUCUCUGCCCUCGUCUCGUGCCCUCUUCCAGCCCAAGCUCGCCCAAUGCCAGCGAGCAGCCGCCAAGGUUAGAAGGUGCACAUUUGUUUUGUAUUGUAUUUGACGGGAGAGGGCCUAAGCAUGGGAGCUCCCAAACAAAGGUGGACUUCUGAGGAAGAUGCUGCUCUUAGAGCUGGAAUAGCAAAGCAUGGAGUGGGAAAUUGGCGCAUGAUAUUGAAAGAUCCAAAAUUUAGCUCCAUCUUGCGCUACCGCUCGAAUGUGGACUUGAAGGACAAGUGGCGCAACAUCAAUGUACUUUUCCCCGGAUGUGGUUCUCUGGAGAAGGGAAGGAGUACCACUAAAAAGAAUCAAGCUACUCCUAAGAAUACCGAUCACCAGAUUGCAAACAGCACAAUUACUUCUGAUGUUGAUGAUGAAAUUGUUGAAGAAAAGCCUAUGACAUCAGUGUCUAGUAAAGUGUGGAAUAGUUCAAUUGCAAAGAGACCUCGCUCAAGGCUAAACAAUAUCAUAUUGGAGUCUGUAAAGAACUUGAAUGAGCCUACAGGGUCGCACCAAACUACUAUUGCUAAUUACAUAGAGGAGGAAUACUGGCCACCUAGUGAUUUUGAUCACAUAUUGUCUGCAAAACUGAAGGACUUGACCACCAGUGGAAAAUUAAUACAGGUGAACCGGAAGUACAGGAUUGCACCUGAUUCACUGUACUCUGAGGAACGUAGCCCCAAAAUGCUGCUUCUGGAAGACGUACAAAGAGAGUCCCGCGGACUAGAGAGAGAUGAUAGUAAAACCCUAACGAUAUCUCAAGUUGAUGCUGAAUUGGCUCGUAUGGCAACCAUGACUGCAGAAGAGGCUGCAUACACUGCUGCCUGUGCAGUUGCAGAGGCAGAGGCUCUCAUGGCUGAAGCUGAAGCAGCAGCAAGAGAAGCAGAGGCAGCAGAAGCAGAUGCCCAAGCUGCACAAGCUUUCGCUGAAGCAUCAUCGAUGACAAUAAAGAACAGAAAUAUUAUGGAACUGAUGGCCCAGUCCUGAUGCUGCUCGGAGCUUCUCCGCCCAGCAUUGCUGCAGAGUGCAUCUACCGUCUGGUCGUUUCUACUGUACAUGCCUACUGUAGUUUGAUUAACAGCAGUUUCCCCCGGGUCUCAUCAGCUCGUGUUCCUGGAACAAUGUUAGCCACAAUGCACCAACAGCGCCCCUCUCCUAAGAAUCCCACAUACCCUUGGAGGUUGGAAUAUCGUUUCCGGAACUCAGUCAUGCAUGCUUUAUUUUCUGCAAAUAUCCAGACUGCCCCAGACCCCGUUGAUACGAUGCUAGACCAUGGUCGACUGCUGGUGGUGGAGCCAAUCAAGGAGAUGAGGUCCAUUUGACUUGGAGGUGGAAGAUUCAUACAGGCUGGAAUGUGGGUUUAUCAAUCACCUCAUCUUCCUUUCAGUUGGGAGCAGCUUGGUAGGGCAACACUUUUCUCGUGUGGUUUCAGACAAUUGCAUGCAAAUCCGGUUUGCUUGGCAUGUGAUGAUUGCUCUCCCUUUCUGGUACCAAAUGAUGCGUCCCGGAAAGGUGGCCCAGACGCUGUGUUUACAGUAUAGGUGCCAACCUUUCUUGCCUGGUGUUGGGCUUGGCUUGGGACACAAAUUGUGAUGUAGUAUCUCGUUCGGGCUUGUUCUGGUUC